AUGGAAGACAAUGAUGCUGUCCAAAAGCCAGUUGUUGUUGACCCACCACUAUACGACGAAGCUCCACCGUCGGUGUCUCCUCGCCGGCCGGUGGUAAUAGCCGCCGACGCAGCGCCUCGGCCGGAAAAUCAUCUCAUCCAGCGAAUCCAUAGAGCGCUUGCGGAAUUGCGCGAAUUGAGAAACCAGUUUAAUGCCAUUCUUAGGGAAAUAGAACUUGAAGUGGGAGGAGAAGAAGAGCCAGCGGAAUCAUCAGUGGAGGAUCCAGAGGACGACGACUCUGAUUCUUAG